AUGGGCUCAACAACCGCAACAGCCCCUAUUCGUCUCGCAAUCUUGGAGGCAGACACGCCCGUCCCAAACGCCAACGCCAAGUAUCACGGCUACAGGGGCGUCUUCACCGAUCUCUUCCGGCGCGCCCUCGCCCCAGAACCGCUGGAGGCCCACCUCGCCAUCAAGGGCUACGACGUGGUCAAUGAGCCGGAUACGUACCCGGACCUGGAGUCCGUGGACGCCGUCCUCAUCAGCGGGUCCAAGCACUCGGCGUACCUGGACGACGAGUGGAUCGUGAAGCUGGUCGCGUUCACGCGCAAGGCCCUGGCUACCAACGGAAGGGUCAAGGUGGUGGGCAUCUGCUUCGGCCACCAGAUCGUCGGCCGGGCGCUGGGCGUCAAGGUGGACCGCAACGAGAAGGGGUGGGAGGUCAGUGUGACGGAAAUCAAGCUGAGUGAGACGGGGAGGGCAGUGUUUGGGUCUGACACGCUGAAAAUUCACCAAAUGCACCGUGACAUCGUCUUCUCAAAUCCCGAAGGCGCGCAGAACCUGGGGGAGAACAACGUCUGUGCGACGCAGGGCUUCCUCCUCCCAGGUAAGGCAAUCACGGUGCAAGGGCACCCAGAGUUCACGGACGACAUCAUAAGCGAGAUCCUUGAGCUCAGGCACGACACAAAGGUCUUCACUGACGAGGUGUACACCUCGGGCGUGGCGAGGGCGAAGAACGAUCACGACGGUGUGAAGAUAGCGCAAGCAUUUUUGCGAUUUAUACAGGGCCAAGAGACCAUCUCAGCCUAA